UAAGGUGAGUCCGCCACUACUUUCUUGUGAAUAUUUGAUUCAUAUGCGUCGAUCUUGUUAGGGUUAGAAAACAGAGUCCUACGUUCGCCGUUAAUCAUACCGAUGUAUGUAGCCGAAGACAUUAGGAGCGACCAUUGAACUGUUCUGUUCUGCAUUACAUAGUAUCAAUCAGUCCAACAAAAAGAACAAGUGAAGAUGAAAACUAGAAGUAUGUACAAAGCGGAACGAACGUCUUUAAAUAGGCUUCCUGACCCCGUAUUAGAAACCAUCCUAUGUCUUUUACCAACCAAAGAGGCAGUAAGGACAAGUAUUCUCUCAAGGGAAUGGAGGUACAAGUGGACCCAUAUCCCUAAACUUCGGUUUGAAUUGCGUGAUACAACUUCCGAGCUAACGUCUGACAUAGAAACUGCAAUGAAUGCCAUGGACAUGUAUGAUGUAUACCGGGUUUUGUUGCUGCACCGGGGUCCAAUACACGAGCUCACCCUUUAUUUCGACCAUUACUGGGAACAUUACGAGGCUUUUGAAUGUGAUCAGAUAAUACUUCAUUUGUUGAGGAACCAUACUCUCAACAAACUAACACUUUUUGGACUUUAUGAAACCGAGGACAUUUGGUAUAAAUUACCCGCAUCUGUUUUCGCAUUGCAUCACUUAACGGACCUCCAUCUUUGUACUUUUGAUAUUGACCAUCCAUCGAUAUUCAAUGGCUUUGGUAGCCUUCAAAAGCUAGUCCUGAGUUAUGUAAAGAUCUCUACAAAAACUCUUCUACAUCUCUUAUCCAAUUGUCCAUCACUUAACACCUUGGAUCUACAUAUAGAUGAUUAUGAACACGUCGAUAAUUGCACAAUUAACGAGCUACUCAAGUGUUUACCUUUGAUUGAACAUUUGACUAUUUCGGGGGAUGUCUCUCAGUGGCUAGUUCUAGACUCGGUUCCGCAAGAGCUUCCAACCUUAAUCCACCUCAAAUACUUAUGUUUGAAUCAAUAUUGUAUUUCUGGGGACUACGGAUCAGCGUUUCUUCUUGCUUUGAUCAAAUGUUCCCCAAACUUGGAGCAUGCGCACCUAGAGAUGGAGUAUCUUCUGGAAUUCUCCGUUGUAAAGGAUAAAUAUUCAGAUGUUUGGUUGGCGCAUCUGAAUACAUUGGAUCUUUGUUUUUGUAGCAGCUCGCUUGAGAUAGAGUUUGUAAAGUUUAUGUUGGCUAGGUCACCCAAGCUAAAGAAGGUGAGCAUACUCACUGUGGUUGAUCGGAAGCAAGACGCUAAGAUGGUAAAAACGCUCUUACGGGCCCCACGCGCGUCCCGGGGAGUAAAAAUUUGCACUUGGAAAUGAAAAUUGUUUCAAGACCUUUAUAUCACUCUUUUAACUUUUGAGAAGUAAUGUUAGAGAAUUAUGAUGAUAAUCUAAUGUUUGUAUGGCUGCGUUUUUACCGUAUCAGUUACUUAUCCAGUAUUGUGAUCAUUUUCUUAUUAUUGUGUUAACUCGUUGUUUGAUUAUUUUUUAUUUUGAUGUUUUAGAUUUUGUAUAUCCGGUCAGUACACGUGUAUGUACUUUGUAUUUAUCUGGCU